AUGUUGCCUUUGAGCGCUGCACGCCGGCCAUUUGGAAAUGAAACAUUGAUUUACAACUGGAGAGAAGAGCGCGCUGAUAUAAAGUAUGAGCGAAUUCCAAAGCCACUGCCUUCACAAUAUGAUCAUUAUUUUGGUACUACUUACGAAGACGCUUAUGGGACUAUGCGUGGAUGUCCUCCUCGAGUAGAAACUCGCGGUCUAGAACUUUCACGAGAGAAAGCAUUCCCCGGUCAUCAACCGGAAUUUGAUACAAAUCAAAUGAAAUCAUCAGUGAAUACAUAUCUGACAGAAUAUCGAGCUGGCUAUUGCCGAAAAUGUCAUAACAAAUUGUCGCCCAAUGAUCUCGCAUAUAAUUCAUCUACAAUUGUUUGUUUGCAAUGUACUGACCGAACAUACACGAUUAAUCCGAAUCCAGAACCGUAUACAUUAACCGUAGAAUAUCCUCAAAUACCAUCGAUAUUUAUUAGUUUUUGUUUUUCUUAUAUAUUUAUUUUUUACAUCAAAAGUCUAAUUAUGGAGGCGACCGAAGAAGAUCUUUUAGCUACUCAGAAAGCACUUGAAGAAGAAGUGCAAAACAAAGUGAAAGAAGCAGUAAUGAGUCAAUUUCUUCGGGAAAAAUUAUCACGAGAAGAGAAAUUUACUGAACGUAACAUGUACAAAUUAAAUACACAAUGGUUAGCUGUCAUGCGUUUAGCUAAAUCAAAAGAAUUACUGAAAGAAAUUGAAAUAUUAUCCCAAACAUUCGGCCGUAUCAUCGAUCGAAAAGACACUGUUAUUAAAGCAUCAUCAAAAGAUAUUAAUGAAGCCGAAGAACAAUACAAUAUGGCAUUACGCAGUUUUUUUGAAGCAUUAGAAAAAAUGAUCAGUAUGCAUACAACAACAGUUGAUAAAUUACUCAAUCAAUAUGAAUUAGAUGUUGAACAAGUUAAAAAUGAAUUUCAAAAUGAACGAAAUAGAAUUAUUCGUGAUCAUGAUACGUCGAAAACCGAAUUACAAGAUAUUAUUUAUAAUAUGGAAAAAACGUUUCUUGACAGUGAGACAUCAGCGGAAAAUAAUUUUCAUGCAAUGAUGGAAGAGUUAAAAAAUAAGUAUCGUGAAGAUAUGCAACAGUAUCAGUUGAGUGUUGAAGCACGUUCAAUUGCCCUUCAAAACGAAAUGACAACAAUAUCAACGAAUUAUAAAGAACGUACGAAAGAAAGUAAAGCACAAUAUCAAGAAUAUAAAACGAAAGAUGAAAAAAAUUCAAAAGAAAUACGCGACAAUACAACAUUCAUUACCAAAAUUACGGAAAAAGUUAAUGUUGCUAAAGGUCAAAUAGCAGCAUUAGAAGCAAGUCAUACAGCUCGUAUGUCAAAAAUAUCUCAGGAAAAAGAAAAUAUGAAACGUUAUUUAUUACAAUUAAAAUCACAGUUAUUAUCCAUGCAAGAAGAGCUUCGUCGUCGUCUAACAAGAUUAGCCACAACAUGUGAUAGUACAGAAAAACAGUUAGAAAAGCGCGUUAAAAUAGCUGAAAUUCUAUUAACAUUUGCCGAAAUGAGUCGGAAAUUAGAAGCUGAAGAAGAAAAAAUAUUGCCGUUUUAUGUAUCAACAUUAACGGAAGAAGAGAAAGCUGAUGUCGAGGGAGCAUUUUAUGAAACACCAAUUGAAGAUAUUGCAUCGGAAAUGUAUAAAUAUGAUUCACUCGAGACAUUCUGGAAACGUUUCAGUAAAGUAUCGCUAGAUAAGUUAACAUUAGAGAAGGAGAGAAGUAUAUUACAAUCAGAAAACAUGCAACUAAAAUUGCUGUUAAAACAAUAUUUAGAUGGUAUAUCUGUUAACGAUGAAAUUAUGAGUCAGACUAAUCCAUUGAUGAUAUUAACAAGUCGUCGAAUUCUAGAGACACAAUCAGUUGGUAAACCGUCAAUGAGUAUCAGACCAACUAAAGUUGUUAUUGAAGCUCAACAUGUUAAAAGUGCUUAUUAA